UUACUUAAACCCGUCCGGCAUGCUUUGCGCGCAGAUGAAUUACUCUCGUGUGCCCUCUAGCACCCAUCUCGUUGUCGACCGUCGUAUGUAGUUGCAUCCAUUUCUCUUGUGCGAUGGCGCCGUUUGCCCGAAGCUCUUACGAUUGGUUACUCCUGAUUGCGAUCGGUGUUGUUGUUUAUUUGGAGCUUGGAAUUCUAAAAUCGUUUGGUAUUUUCAUCAACGACGUCUCAUCGAGCCUCAAUGUAUCCACUGGAUUGGUGGGUACAGCCGUAGGUCUGUCGCAUGGAAUCUCGAUGUCUUUGGCCAUAAUUUGCCCAUGGUUAAUGAAGCGAAUGUACAUGAGGACGGUUAUCAUUCCUGGUAGCGUCAUGGGUUCCGUUGGAAUUAUUCUAGGAUCUUUCUCUAGAACGGGAAUCCAAUUUCUACUCUGUCUCAUUUUAUCAGGUAUAGGCUAUGGCUUGGUCAUGUUCCCUACGCAUGCCAGUCUCCUCGACUACUUCUCCCCAAUUUACAAAAUUGUGACUGCUGUGACUUUCACCGCUGGGGGCGUCGGAAUGAUGACACUGCCAGUCCUGGCCGAAGAACUGAGACGGAUCUACUCCUGGCGUGGUGCAAUGCUUCUAUUGGGUGGAAUCAGUCUUCACUGUAUACCAUGUUGCGCCCUCUUCCGACCAAAGACCUAUCAAUCAACGCCGUCAAAUAUUGAUGAAGUCGUGACCGAUUUACCUAGUAUCCACGAAGGAGACGCUAACGAGAGUGAAGACGAUCAUGCCUCGAGUACUUCUCAUCUCCUCAACUCCCAUGGCACCAUGGACACGUCUUCGAGCAACGUGAUAGAACAACACUCCUCAUUCACCGAGCUAUUCCAAAGGCACCCUCUUUACCUAGCCAUCGUUACCUCUGUCGUUAUCACCGGCACAAGCUACUCAGCCUGGGUCAUCUUCGUCAUCCCCAACGCCGAGGAAAAAGGUUUCCCAUCCAGCGAUGCCGUCUUCUUCGCUACCAUCGGGGGAGCAGCGAACAUCCUCGGGCGGUUUUCCCUUGGUUUCUUCUCCUCGAGGAAACUCCUGGAAGACUGGGUGACCUUCUGUCUCCUGCACUUCGUCACCGCCGUGGUCUUCUUCCUCAACACGGUUGCCCACUCCUUUCCUGCGCUCGCUUUCCUUUCGUUUGCAAGUGGCUUCUUAUUUGGUGGUCUGAUAGUAACCAAUGCCUGCCUGCCGCAGUCUUCAGUUCCACCUGAUCUGGCUGUUGUAGCAUUGUCCCUUCAUUACCUGAUUGGUAUUGGGGAGGUCGGAGGAGGGGCUGUUGUCGGUAUACUCUACGACAAACUUCAGUCUUAUAAUUUCGCCUUCAUCGUUGCUGGACUCAUCGAUAUUGCAGCCAUCAUAAUAAUUCUCAUCCCAGCUGCUUGUCAAAAGUUAUAUUCAACUUUUUCCAGUGCGAAACAGUACACAAAUGUAGAUAGAGGAAUUGACAAAAAUGAUCAUAAAUGAUCUUCCGCGAUCAUUUCUAGCUGUUUCGAACACGCCAUCAGUAUUAUAAGUAUAUCAUUUCUGCAUCAGCAGAUUUGUCCCUGGAACGGGUGAUCCAUUCCGCCAGGUUAUAGUAUCCGCCACAUUCACCGCACUUUUCGUAUGCCUACCUGGUCCAGUCAAUCCCCUCCUAUCGGGAUACAUGCAUCGCUCAUCACGCUCAUACCAUCUUAGAAUUAAAGAUCAAGUCCACCUCAGAAAAAUGUUGAUUUCAAUCAAUAGACAAAAAUCAGACAAGCGCAAUGCUG